GGCAUAAUAGUAAUUAUCGGCACAACUUUAUGACUUUUUUAGUCACGCUCCUCGAUCAGUUUCUCUGACGGCGGUGUUCUAGUUUCUCUCGCGGUUCUCUUCGCGCCUCCGUCGCUCGUUCGUGCUCCGGUGACGGUGAGAUGGAAGAAACAGAUUCAAAGAUGAGGCCUGAGUUAAUAGCUAAAGCUUUGGUAGACACUAUAGCUAAAAGUCAUGAGUUGAGGGAAGCGGUUGCAGCAAGGACUGAAGCAUCCAAGGCAAAAGCUGAAGCAUAUAAGGCAAUAGCUGAGAGAUAUAACGGUAAGAGAAGUGACAAGGCCACUUCUUCUUCGCCGGAUUAUUCUCUUGCCAAGUGUGUGAUUGCUCUUGAUGACAUGAUUUUCCUUAAGGGAGAUUAUUAUAUGGAAGGCUUGAAAAUCUUGAAGAACGACCCUGAAUGGAGAGAAAUUUUUCUUACCAUGGAAGAGGGCAAGAAAAAAAAUUGGCUACAUCGUGCUUAUCAUGGAGAGUUGAGUCUUUAAUUUAUUAUUGAACUUCACGAUUAUGUCAUUAAACUUGUGAGUUUGUGUUGGAGAUGGGAUUUAUGAGCUUUUAUUAUGUUAUUGAACUCUAUGGUUAUGUCAUUAAAUUUACGAGUUUGUGUUUUUAUUCUAAUAUGGAACUUUAUUUAGAAAUAAUAUUGUGUUUGG